AUGUCGUUCGACUUAGAGAGCUGUGAGCUCUCCUCGUCAUCAUGCUCAAUUGACGAUAAACUACCAUCCACCAACAAUCUGAUACGAGGCAAAGAAGGACAAUACGCAGUUGGUCGAAAACUUGCUCAAGGUCGCUAUGGUGCUGUUUACGAGGUUUUACGUAAAUCCGAUGGAAGGCCAUUCGCAUGCAAACUCGAAAUAUGCGGUGCAAACUCUCAUGGCUUGGAUAUGGACUAUGUGGUGAUGAGUCAAGCAGCUAAACGAGGGUGCAAUCAUUUAGUGAAGUCAAUCGAUCGUGGAAAAAUAGAGGACCAUUUCAAGUUUCUCAUAAUGCCAUUGCUUGGUGACAAUCUCACGAAAAUUCGACAUCAAUUUGUUGAUGGUCGUUUGUCACUUUCCACCGGCCUGCGCCUCGCUCUUCUGGCUUUGUCUCCUAUACAGGAACUGCAUACAAUUGGUUUCGUUCACAGGGAUAUCAAG